GUUUCCAAUGCUAUGGCGUACCAGGAAGGGGAGACGCUAGAAUCCUGGCUCAAUAAAGCCACCCAUCCAACAAACAGACAGGAGGAUUGGGAGUACAUCAUCGGUUUCUGUGACCAGAUCAAUAAGGAAUUGGAAGGUCCCCAGAUAGCUGUCAGGUUGCUGGCUCACAAAAUCCAAUCGCCGCAAGAAUGGGAGGCGCUUCAGGCUUUAACAGUAUUAGAGGCAUGUAUGAAGAACUGCGGGAGAAGGUUUCAUAAUGAAAUCGGGAAAUAUCGGUUUCUGAACGAGCUGAUCAAAGUUGUUUCUCCCAAGUACAUGGGAGACAGAGUGCCAGAGAAGGUGAAGACUAAGAUCAUUGAGAUGCUGUACAGCUGGACAGUAGCUUUCCCCAACGAGGCCAAAAUCAACGAAGCAUACCAGACACUAAGGAGACAGGGCCUUGUAACUACGGACCCUGAGCUCCCAGUGGACAAGACUCUGAUUCCUUCACCCCCCACACGUCCCAAGAACCCUGUGUUUGACAAUGAGGACAUGGGCAAGCUGCUAGCAGAGCUUCUGAGGAGCAAAAACCCAGAGGACCUGCAGGAAGCCAACAGGCUCAUCAAGAACAUGGUGAAGGAGGACGAUGUCAGGGUUCAGAUGACCAAACGCAUCCACACCCUGGAGGAGGUGGGCAUCAAUGUCAAGCUGCUGAGUGAGAUGCUGUCCCACUACGACAAGGACAGGUCCUCCCAGUCAGACAGAGAGAUCAUCAAGGAACUAUACGACCGCUGCGACAAGUUGAGACGCGCUGCUUUCAAAAUGGCCACCGAGACUGAAGAUAACGACACAAGUUUAGGUGAGAUCCUGCAGGCCAGCGAUGACCUCUCACGGGUCAUCAACUCCUACAAGAAGAUUGUCAAGGGACAGACGGUGAAUGGAGACAGCGAGGAUCCUAGAUCUGCAGCUGGUGAAGAGACCACAGGGAACAGUGACAACACAGAGACCUUGAUUGACCUGGCUGGCAUUGACAUUCCAAACUCCACCCCUCCUCCGCCUGCCCCUCUCCCAUUGGUCUCCGAUCCCAUAGCUAAUCACCUGGGGUUCCCAAUCCCUGUCUUGCCUCCUCCUCCAAAAAGGUUGGCCGGGUCGCAUGCCAGUCAGAACAACAGCCCCAGCCUCCCAGCCACCGACAAGGCCCUCAAUGCUCUCUCUCUCCUUGACGAUGAGCUGCUAUCCUUAGGCCUGAACAAUCCAGUUCCUUCUCUGAGCAGCCAAUCAAAACCAAAGCUGGAUGAAAUAGCCAAUCCGUGGACCUCCUUACAGGCUCCUGAUCCUGGCCUGGACUUGUUUGGCGCUAUAGCGGGACCAGGCCCAGUAUUUCCCCCAGUCCAGCCAGCGCCAGCCCCCGCCACGGCCCCCGCCACCCACAGCCUCCAGGACCUCCAAGACCUGGCCAUGCUGGACUUUGGAGAGCCAAAGAGUUUGCGCGUUGGCGGUCGAUUCGGGAUGGCACCCUCCUUGGGGGCCAUCGUCCCCCCGGUCCCCCUCUCCUCGACCUCCCUCCUCCCAGGCCCCAUGCCCGGCUCCCCAGCGGUGUCCCACACCAAAGCCCAGACGCUGAGCUCCGCACCGGGCAGCCCCCUGUUCAGCUCCCUCUCCCCCUUCCAUCACUCCUCCUUCCAGGGGGGCAGUCCAGCCAGGGGGCUAGGACCGGAGGCCUCCCUGGGCAACGUGCACGUCCCCCUGGAGGCCAUCAGACCCAGUAAAGUGCUCCCUGUAACGGCCUAUGAUAAGGACGGGGUGCGUGUGCUGUUGAACUUUGCCUCAGACUGUCCCCCUUGCAGACCAGACGUACUGGUGUUAGUGGUGUCCAUGCAGAACACUGCACCACUGCCCGUUCAGAACGUGGUCCUACAGGCCGCCGUGCCAAAGUCCAUGAAGGUGAAGCUGCAGCCUCCGUCAGGAACAGAGUUGGCUCCCUUUAACCCCAUCCUUCCCCCGGCCUCCGUCACACAGGUCAUGCUGCUGGCCAAUCCCCUGAAGGAGAAGGUGCGUCUGCGCUACAAGCUGGCGUUCACUCUCGGAAACAGGCAGUGCUCAGAGGUGGGCGAAGUGGACCAGUUCCCCCAGCCAGACAGAUGGGGUCACCUAUAGCCACCCCCAUACACCACAGAGCCGAGGGGCGGUCCAAACCAACACUCCAUGAUUGGGGUGUUAACCACACAUACCCCAGAGAGAGAGAGAGAGAGAGAGCCAAGGAGAGGAUAGGGUGGGAGAAAUGUGCUGCAAUGUUACAGUACCAACAUAGUGCUACCUACCAGCCAACCAUUCCGUUUAUUUUAGAUUGUUUUGAUGUUUUCUUUGUAAUUGCCCAGUUGCUAUUGAGGCACCUGUAACUUUGUAAGCGUAAUAUAGCAUACAUGGCAUACAGUUUAAGCCAGUUUUGCAAUAGCUUGCAGAGCUUAACAGAGUUUGUAUUGCAUAUUAUUCCAGGACUGCAUCUCAACUAAAGGGACACAAGAGCAAAGAGACAUGUAGCUUAGUGGGCGGCAGGUAGCUUAGUGGGUAAGAGCGUUGUGCCAGUAACCGAAAGGUCGCUGGU